UUUGGUCAGUACUUAUGGGGACGCUUUCGAAGCAGCAGCUGUUAGUAGUAGAGGUUUCGGCGCUUCACCCAGAAAGGUCAGCUUCGGAUGCGCUGUAGGCACCUGCAUACGUGGUCUUUCAAGUUUUGCACUGAGCGCAAGUCGGAGCCAUGCCUCCUGUCUCGAAGAAGGACCAGGGCGCCACUCUUGCCGGAUUCGCCAAAAUCCUCGUUAAAGCCGAUGCCCGUGUUUUCGCCAGCGCCGAUGAUGUCCUCGCCAUCUUCGAAGCCGCCGAUGAAGAGUUCUGCAACGACGGCACCACUUAUCUCAGUGCCAUUUGUACAUUCAGCGAGAAGUCUCCGUGCUGGGCCGUUCAGCGUCAGCGAGAGUGGAAUAAAAUGUUCAACCACCGGGGCAUCGAGGUGAUCGAGCUGCAGAAGGGGACACUUCACUUUCGAACAUUGGACGUCGACCCUGAAGACUUGCCGGUGAACACAGACGUCAAGUUUCUUUGCCUGUGUCUGUGGCUUCUGCGACAACACCGCUGCAUCUCAGGAGUUGUCCUGUCUAUCCCCGUCCUGGCACCGAGGCACGAGUCCCUGUUCCUCUCUCUCCUAAAACUUACGGAAUUCUUGCAAAAAUGCGAGAUGCACGGCAAUGAUCCCUUCAAAAGACGUGCUCUCGCAAAGGCAGAGCCACGAGCGAACGCGCUAGACCACCUUUCUCGACUGAGAGAACUACGACUGGCUAUGGUUCACCUGAUUGACGAUGACGUCGCUGUCCUAGCCCGUCUCGUGGAACGCAACGCGUUGCUCGUUGCUUUCGUCCUGAUCGACGUAGAGAUGAGCGCGCUCGCGUUCGAUGAGCUCGUCGCCAGGGUGGUUGAGCACAAGAAAUUGGAGGACUUCCGUGUGAAGAUAAGCGCCAAGGAACCCGAGUGUAUGUUCAACGAUGCCCUGAGCAAAAUCGGCAAGUCGAGUACUAUCUCGAGGCUGUACGUCCACGUUGACCACGGCUUGUUAAGCUUGCUGCAGGGUCUCCUUGAUAACUCUACGGUUAGAGAACUAACGCUGGAGCCGGCGAUCAACGACGCGAAAGUAGUAUGUGCGUUGGCCGACUUCUUGGAAAAACGGUCAUCUUGCAGGCGCUUGAAGGCUAGCCUCAACGCCAACAAAUUCUCGCACAUUGCCGGCGCGCUCGACGACCUGCAACGAAUCGUCGGCAACAGUUCGCUGCGCGUCCUGGUGCUUUCAGGGUCGGCGCUCGCGCCUCUUCCGGCGGGUCGCCUUGCGGACGGGCUCGCACUCAGCAGAACAUUGAGGAAACUAUAUGUGGAUGACUGCGGGCUCGGGUGCAAAGACGUUUUGCCCUUUGUGAGGGCCGUCAGAAGCUGCAUGCAAUACGAUCAAUUCGAAGAACUCGACGUGGGAGCUCCGAUUGGCAAGCAGCCUGAGCAGUGGGAGAUGUUCAGGACGAUAGUGGAACUCGGAGUCUGCCACAAGAUCACACUGGUCUACAACGACUGCCUCGUGGAGCCCUUACGGGAAGCCCUGCAAACGAACAUAAAGUUUGUGAACGUUUCCCUCUCCUACGGCGAAGAUACAGAGGCUGAGCCUGUUCUUCAUGCUCUCAGGAGCACAGUCAAGACAAUGGAGAAGCUCUGCAUAUCAACUCCUCGGGUACUCAGCAGCCUGGGUGGUCAGUUUCUGGCGAACCUCAUUCGCAAAGCUGAGUCCCUCAAGGUUCUCCGGCUGCGCUGCCGCACCAAGGCGAAUGCGUCCGUCCAGAUCGUCAAGGCUAUAGCAGAGUCUAGGAGCGUGGUCCUCCUAAGCACCGAACACUGGGACUUAAGCGAACACGUCCAACGGGCCUUCGCCGACAUGCUUCGCAGGAAUCGCAGCCUGUACCGCCUCGAGUUCUACUGGGGCAACGUCGGUGAUUACGAGCCUUUCAAGGAGCACCUGAUCAAGGGUCUGGAGUUCAACCAGUCCGUGUCGGUUGUGAAGAUGUACCAUGGCCAGGAACGCGAUGAGUUGGCCGUAUGCGAUUUCGAGCUCUUGCAGUGCGUACGCAAAAACGCGAUGUUACUCGCCUGGGUCACGGACGUCAUCCUGAGGGACGGAAUGUGUCCCGAGGGCGCCGCUGUUCUCGACUUGCUCAAUACUUGCGAGGCGCCUCUAGACCUGUUUCAGCGGACCGGGGAUUUCUCGCCGCGUACGGCCAACAAUCGCAUCCGCUUAGCUCGCAUGGAGACGAGGACGCACUUCUACGCCCUCAUUUCUCAAUUCCGCGGGCGGCCCGACUUUAAAUUGACGGCUAGUGGACGAGUGCUCUUUCAGAACCUCCUUUACUCCAUGCGGGACGACGUGCUAAGCGCCAUGGGACUCGAACCGUCCACUGCUGCAAGUGCCAGCGGCAGUAGCGUGGAGUGAGGUGGUUCCUGCGACUUAACCUGCAGCAGACGCUGAGCUCUAGUGGACUGAUCGUUCACGUACGUUUCCGGGCAGUUAUGUUUGCCGGUUCCACUUCGAUACCUUUUUAUACUGUACUCUAUCACCUGCACUUUUUGCUGUACAGCCGACGUAUUUUCGGCCGAAAAGUGGCUACGAAAGACAUUGUGGAGGCUGCUUUUUCGCCUUCACAGUGAUGUACUUGCAGCUGACCUGAUUGUUUUCAUUGAAUAAACUUUUUGUACACCUUG